AUGGCUUCCCGUGCGGCGCCUAUCGCGCUGCCCGUGCCGCAGCCGCAGCCGCAGCCGCUGCUGCUCACCGUCCGCUUCAGCGCCGCCAUCCCGGACCUCGAGCUGGACAUCCCGCGGCCGGCCGCCACCACCGUCGUCUCGCUCAAGCACCUCAUCCGCACGCGCCUCGCCGAGCCCAACUCUCAGCGCCGCCUGCGCUUCAUCCACGGCGGCAAGAUCCUCCCCGACGGCGCCGCCCUGGCUUCCGUCCUCCGCGCCCCACCGCCUCCGCCCCCACCCCCUUCCCCCUCUCUAUACACGCGCCGCGCCGACGUCAAGGGCAAGGCCGCCGCCGCCACCGCUGACAACGACGGCCCCGAUGGCCGCUCCGGCAAGGGCAAGUCCGUCCUCGGCCGCCCCGACCCCCCGCAGCGCAUCUACGUCAACUGCUCCAUCGGCGACAGCCUGACAUCGGCCGAGCUCGAGGCCGAGGCUAACGCCGCCGCUGCUGCCGCCGCCGCCCUGCCCUCCUCUAUUGCCGCGAGCGCCGCGCCGACCUCCGCGAACGCCGCCCCGUACGACGCCCAACACCACCACCACCACACUCCGCCCGCCAGCACGUCGGCCGCGCCGCGCGGCUUCGACCGGCUGCUGUCGGCGGGCUUCACGGCGGCCGAGGUGAACCAGCUGCGGCUGCAGUUCCGCAGCAUCCACGCGUCGCGGUACACGCCGGACACGCUGCCGUCGCCCGACAGCUUCCGGCGCAUGGAGGACGCGUGGAUCGACGACAACGGCGCCUCGGUGCCCUCCGCCGGUGCUGCCGUCGGCGCCGCGGACGGCGGCGCCGGCACCGACAGCGACGACGUCGGCCUCGCCGCCCUCGUCGACGUCAUGAUCCGCGGCGUCGUCACCGGCUUCGUCUGGCCCCUCGGCAGCGCCGGCUGGCUCGUCCGCGAGGAGGGCAUGGCCUCCGGCCGGUGGCGCUUCAUGGUCGGUGUCGGCAUCAUCUUCAGCGUCCUCAUCGGCGUCAUCAGGAGCAUUUCCGGCGAGAAAUAA